AUGAUUUUAGAUGAAGUAAUUGCCAAAUCCAAAUCUAGUUUCCGGAGUAGUAAUCGUGGUGGGCAUGUCAAACCGUUUUCACGUUCGAAACCAAAGUACUAUUCAGGAAGAUCAAACCUUUUUUCACGUCGAAGUGGACUGUCGAAUUCUCGUAAAAAGGCACUGUUCUUUACAGCUGGAGCAUUAGCUGGUGUAUAUAUCGGUUCACGAAUGCGAACACAUGUUCACGUAAGAUCAUACCAUGAUUUGUAUAAAUACGAGGUUUGUGAAGGUCGACGUACGGAGUUUAUAAAUGAGACGGGUGUAUCACGUACUUACUCAUAUUUUUUGUGCCCAGAUGAUCCGAAUCAACCGUUUGAGAAAUAUUGCUGUUGGGAUUCAUCAACUGGUAUGGGUGUAUGCUGUUCAUAUGAUGUGAAAGUGAGUUCAACUUCUGGAAGGGGGACAGUAGUUGGUGCACUAUUUGGAAUUUUAUUUUUGGCUUCCAUAAUCGGCCUAAUUAUCUUUUGUUGCUGUCGUCGUAAACGUCGACCAAUAAUGGAACCAGCUGAUAUUCCGAAUGCCCAACCUAUCCCACCUGUAGAUGCAUUCUACAAACCGGUAAGCGCGCCCAAAACUUUAUCCAAAUCUAGCGACAGUUCUUCGAGUUUUGAACAACAACCAUUAAAUGUUGGGGUAAGGUAUUACUUAAUGCUAAUUAGAUGUGCGAAAUAGAGGCAAUUGGUGUAUGGUCACUCAUGUGUGUAUGCGUGUACAAAUCACAUUUUCAUCAGCUAAUAAUUGGCCUUUUAAAACCAUUUUAGCAUUUUACCUGGUAUUAGCUACUUUUUUUCUCCAAUACAGAAACUAAUCAGUUUUUUUAAGACUCUGUACUAAUCGAAUUUACUGUAGUUUUUAUUUUGCUAACUUUACUUGCCGGUUACAGAGCUGUAUCUUCCAUUGAUGAGAAAAGCAAACAAAAAAACGCCAUGUAAUGUGUUUUCUUCUCCCAGUGGUGAUUUUCUUUCAGACAUGAACACACAAACGUACAGAUAUCACACUAGCUAGCUACAGGAACGUAAUCGUAGUUUUUUAUAUGAACCUGUCGAUGAAGGGAGUGAAGAAAGAUGAUGUUGUGAUAUACUUUUUUCUCUGUAAAAGUUCAGAAUUAAACGGUGAUUAUAGAAUAGAGGGAUAUCAUAACUUUGUCCACUGGUCGUCUGAUGCGCGCAAUCCAGUCUACCAAAGAAUUAAACAUAUUUAGUUACAUUUUUGUAUCAUCCACGUCCAGGCUGCAAGGAUUUUUACCUGUUGGUGUUAAAACACACCUGAUUAACGCCAAUAAGCAGGGAAAGCUGCAAUCAUAACAUUUUGUACCAUGCAUUGUAUCUUUUUCAAUACUAGAUAAAACAUGGGUUUAUUAAGUCGCUAAAUGACUAUAGGACUUUAUAUUGAUAUCUUACUCUUCACUCAUGUAGGUUUAACUUCUGUUGAUGGAUUAACCAGUUAUAUAUAAGUGGAUAAAUCGGUGGCUGGAGAUUCCUAAAGAGGGAUUUAGUUGACAUCUUAACUACACUUAAGUGAAUCACUACAACGACAGUGCGACAGAGAUAGUUGACUUUUUGGCUAACUGUAAGUCGGGAUGGUUUAACUCCACAACCCUCAAGGAUGAUAGUCAAGUUAGAUUAGAUUAGCACACAAGAGUAAAUCAGCUCAUAUUGAUACAUCUCUCAUCAGUAUGAAAUUAGGAAGUCAACAGAAAGGAAAAGAUAUAACGAAGAAAAAGAGGGUAAUUUAAAAUUUUUCAGGCAGUUGGAAGCAUUGAAUACUUACAAAUUAAAUUAACUUAGUUGUUAUGUACACGAAUCAUACAAAGUUGACUGGGGCUAAUUUUGAUUACUGGUUCUUCUACAGAAUAGGAAUAUUGUUGUGCCAGCUACAGGACAAUCGUCACAGUCUCCUAACGCCUUUUUUCAUCUUCUGUCUUUAUGCAGCUUUGGAUAAAUGAGUCUCAGAGAAGUAGCUUAAUGUCGUGCCAAUUAAGGAUUUUUCGAGUAGUCGUAUUUGGUUAACUAAAGGUUACAUUUGGCUUAACCAAAUAAUCUUUAAUACCUUUGAUCUCUGGAGGGGGUGUAGACAAUUCUUGCAUAGUCUUUCUUUAGGAAUUUGUCUGAGUCUACAUAUUGAUAACAACCCACUUCGUUCCUUGAUUAACACUGCUACCUUUCACUUUAUCUGCAAUUAGAUUUUGAAUCAUGUUUCACUAUUUGCACAAAAAUUCAUUGGGAAUUGCACAUAAAUCUCUUCACUUCACAUUAUAAUAUAGUUACUUAUUAAUGACGGUACCACUAGUAGUUAUAUCGCUUUUCCCAAAAAUAUACUUAUUCACAUUUUUUGCUUGAAUGAAUUUAUUAGAAUCAAUAUCCUGCUUCGUAUCCAAAUUCAUCUGUACCUUAUCCUGUCAAUCCUUAUCCACCCCCUGGACAAGGUUUAAUAUAUUUCCAAAAUUCUAAUUCAUAUCCAUCUGUACAACCAGUACUUCCAGUUGAUGGAACGGUACAAAUUGGAUCUGGUUGGGGUGCAGAUUCUGAUUUAUCGACUUCAGCUGUAAGACCAAAUUAUCCACCUCCACCGUAUCCAGGCUAUCCAACUUCUAAUAAUCCAACAGUUGAUCCGAGCGCUCCGAGUUCUGGGUUGAUGACAAAGAGUUAAAAUUCCUCUUGUUUCCGUGAUCGUCUUCGUACUGAUUUUCUUAGCACAAAUAGAAGAAAGUGAAAAAUAAGAAAAGAUUUUAACUAAUGAACAGUCAGCUGAUAGGUUUUGUUUCUGCAUUCAGUUCUUUUUAUAUUAGCUUUUAAAUUCUAUCUUCUCACUGCCCUUUCGGAUUUUCGUCUAUUUGUCUGCUUUUUAUAUUAUCAUUUUAUCAACGAUUCUUCUUUCUGCCCUACUGAAUCACUUAAAUGUGUGUACCUUCUACAGUGUUUACUUUAUCUAUCUAUACUAUUUGCUUUCUAUAUCUACUCCAUCCCUUUCCACUUUUGGAUAUUCAUAUUCACAACGAAUAUCUUCUCUAAAGAAAUGGGAUUAUUCUCUUCUUAUGCUUCGUAUUUUAUUGAAAGAUCGUGUAGCAGACAUUCUUCGCGAUCAACAGACUGACUAAACUCAGCUACCUUCUGUGUACUUUUUUGUAAUUGUCUUCUUAUUAUGAUGAAUAUUGUUCUAACUGCCGUCAUAUAUCUGUUAGACAAUCGAAUCAUUGAUUGUUAUAUAAAUGUUGUCAUUCUCUAUCUUCUUCUCGUCCUCCUCUUUAUCUUUUGUGCAUAUGAUCUCCUUUUGUAUGAUGACUAUUUAUAAAUUGCUAUCCAUGUUCAGUGAAUUGUUCUUGCUCUCACUUUGUUUAUUAUUAUUAUUAUUAUCACCAUAAUUAAAUAAUUUUUCAUAGAUCUUAUAAUAUCGUUUCCUAUUACUUUUCUAUUUGCAACAUGAUAAGACAUUACUUUAUCUCAACAUCGUUUAUAUUUUUUUGUAUAUGUAGUAGCUUUUACUCUUUGUUUUUAUAAUUGUCUAUAUCCUGCAUCAUUUUUUGUUCAGUUUCUUGAGAGAAAAAAAUGUUUGUAAUUCCGUUGUCGUCUCAUCAAUUCAUUUAUAACCUAUUGUGUAGUCGAUUAAGAUACUCAUCGAAUUGUUCACUGAAGGAAGUGGAAGUGAACAACACAGUUUGGCAUAUACUCGUUCUCUGUUGAAGGCGCACAACACUAUAAAGAAAUGGUUCACUUCAAUGGUUUUAUUUUUUAGUUGUUACUGUUUAAUUUUUUUUGCCUGAUAAAAUUUAUUUUAUUGAAUAUUGUUCGAUCCCCUAAUUCAAUUAUUUAUCAUCUUUACUUAUAUGUUUUAUGGUUUGACGAAUUCAAGUUUGUUCAACAACUUAUAAAUUAAGAAGAAACUUUUGAGCUA